GAUUUGUUUAAUUGACACCCUAACGUAACUUUGUACUUUUGGUGUCACCAAACGUUUGUGUCCCGGGAAGAGAGAAACUUAUGAUAUGUUUAUGUCUGGAAAGACGGGCCGUGUCUCAGUACCAUACUGACUGAGAAUGUUGACAAAAGCAAGUGCUCUGGUCACAACUAAAUGGUUGCACAAUGUUUUGAAAAGUGGAGUUCCAAAAGACAUUAGGAUUCUUGACUCUACUUUUCACUUGCCAUCUUCGAACAGAAACGGUCGACUAGAAUAUGAAGAAAAGCAUAUCCCGGGAGCGUCAUAUUUUGAUAUUGACGAAUGCUGUGAUAAAUCCUCUCCAUACGGUCACAUGUUACCAGACAUAAAACACUUUGAGCGGUAUGCAGGCAACUUAGGUAUUGAUCUAAGCACUCAUGUUAUUGUUUAUGAUAAUAGUGUAAACUACGGUUUUUUUUCUGCUCCUAGAGUUUGGUGGAUGUUCAGAGUUUUUGGACAUGAAAUGGUGUCUGUUCUUGAUGGUGGUUUUAUGAAAUGGUGCUCUGAGGGUUUACCGACGACAUCGGAAGUUAUUCAUGUUCCGAAAACAAUAUUCCACGGACUUUAUCACCCUCAUUUAGUAAAGUCAUACAAGGAUAUUGAGAAAAACUUAAAAGAUAAUUCAUUUCAAUUAAUGGAUGCUCGAGGAGAAGGGCGAUUUAUGGGAAUCAAACCGGAACCAAGAGAAGGUAUAGAGCCUGGUCAUAUACCGGGUACAAAGAAUCUCUGUUACCAAAAUAUUGUGGAUAAGGAAAGCGGUGUUAUGCUUGAUGUAAAAGAGCUUAAAAAACUUUUCAAUGAAACUGGAAUUGAUUUAUCGAAACCAUUAGUAUCCACUUGUGGUUCAGGUGUAACUGCUUGUUGCACGACAUUUGCUGCCUAUUUGUGUGGGAAAGAAGAUGUGUCCGUAUACGAUGGGUCAUGGACAGAAUGGUAUCAAAGAUCAACGCCAGAUAUGAGAUUUUGUCCUAGUGAUAAAAAACAAUCAACAUGAAAUGUAAACUGUUAUAAUUUAUAGAAUGAUCUGCUGUGUUCUUGCUAUUUAUUUAUUAAAUAUGUUAUUAAAUGAA